AAUGUCAUGGCUUAUGAUUAUAUAAGGAUAUAAAAGUACUUGAGAACUGAAUUAGAGCGACACAUAUAACUUGGGAGUGUAAGAUGUACUUUAAAUGUAAUGUGCUUACAAUUUUAUGUUUUAACCAUAAAAUUCAGAAUAAUUGUUAAAUAGUUUCCAACUUCAUAUUUGGAUUUUGUUGAAUUCCUUUAUUUCAUUCAUAAGAUUUGCAUUAAAAAAUGCAAAUUGAAAUAAUAAAAUUGCAAGUUUUGAAAUUAAUUUCAUUUUUUGUCUUCCUAUUGAUAAUAUUGGUUCCGAUGAAAACAGUUUUGUAUUUAUUUUGCGAAUUCGUGCUGUGUGUAAAUACUUAUACAUCACCUUUAUCAAUAUCCGCGGGAAAGGCUAUACCAAAACGUAUCCAUCAGGUAUUUUUCUUUGAAACGAGUUCAACUCUACCAAACGAAUUCACGAAGAGUCAACAAACAUGCCAAAAACACCAUUCAUCCUAUAUGUACACGCUAUGGAAUAAAACAAUGAUAAAUGAUCUUAUCGAGAAAGAGUAUCCGGAAUUUAAGCAGAUAUACGACAGCUAUGAUCAUUGGGUAAAACGUGUUGAUGCUGGAAGAUACCUUGUGCUGCAUCACUAUGGUGGCUGGUACAUCGACAUUGAUAUCGUUUGUAAACGCAGUGUUGACGAAUUGUCUGCUGAAGCCAGAGCCAAAAACGCAAGCGUCGUUGUUUAUAAAACUAAACCUGUCGGCUUUACAAAUGCCGUGAUCGGAAUAAGCAGGCAGCAUCAAUAUCUUAAUGACGUCAUAGUUGCAUUACGUCAUUCAAAGAGAUGGUAUUUCAUUCCGUAUCUGUCUACGAUGUUUACAACCGGUCCUACGUUUCUUUUGGGCCGGUAUUUGAAUUACCCAUAUAAGGACGAGUUUCAUAUCAUCAACAACCAUGAGAGAUACUUUCACCAUUUGCAUGGUUCGGCUUGGCACUCAUUAGACGGUGAUAUCAUUAUGUACAUCUUCAAUAAUUCACCACGAAAACUGACAUUUAUUGUAUGUGCGUGUACCGUUAUAAUUGUUAUUUUAUACUCUAAACGAAGAAACAAGAACAAAUUUAGUGCUUUUCAAAGGAAUGUUUGAAGAUCAUCUUUGAUACUUACUAUGUGUAUACUAAAGUGUUGAGGACUGCAUAUCAAAUAAGUCGGUGCUAGAGAGCGUGAGAAAAAUUGUCACAUCUUAAGAAUAUACUUGAAGAAAUCUAGACUGCAAUGUUAAACCGCUUUUAAGCAUUACCUUUGAAGAGCCCCCACCCCCUAAAAUAUAUCAUUGCAUCAAAAUAAAAUUGUGAAAAAAAGUUGUUUUUUCUUUUGGCUUAUGUACCAAAACAUACUCCGAAAUAUAAACAAUAACAAACAUGACAUGACA